CAGUGGAGGGAGAGGAUCCUCUAACUCAGGCCAGCACUCCACGGCGGAUGACGUCCUUCACAGAGUCUUAGAGAGACACAAAACCAGCAUGAAGAAGAAGUACGAGAGCUUAUUUGAGGGAAUCAGAACAGAAGAGAAUAAAACCCUCCUGAACAGGAUUUACACACAGCUCUACAUCAUAGAGGGAGAGAGUGAAGGAGUGAAUGAAGAACAUGAGGUUCUACAGAUGGAGAAAACAUCCAGGAGACACUUACAAGACUCUUCAAUCAACUGCUUAGACAUCUUUAAACCUCUACAAGGUCCUGAAGGAGAAACAUUAGAAGAGAACAUUAGAGCUGUGAAGGCUGACAGUCUCAGACACAAAGAAAGAAAAGAAGAUAACAGACCAAAAGAGCCAGAGUUCAGAAGUGUUCUGACUGAAGGCAUCGCUGGAAUUGGAAAAACUGUCUCUGUGCAGAAGUUCAUUCUGGACUGGGCUGAAGGAAAAGCCAAUCAGGAUGUAGAGCUCAUGUUUGUGCUUCUGUUCCGGGAGCUGAACCUGAUUAAAGAUGAUCAAUACAGUCUUCAUGGACUUCUGUGUGACUUCCAUCCUGAGCUCAAAGAUCUGGACCCAGAGAUUUAUGAUCAGCUCAAAGCUGUGUUUAUAUUUGAUGGUCUGGAUGAAAGUAGAAUUCCACUGAACUUUGAACAGUGUGAGAAAGUAUCUGACAUCACUAUGACAUCAUCAGUGGGUGUGUUGAUGACAAACCUCAUCAAAGGAGAGCUGCUUCCCUCUGCUCUGAUCUGGAUAACCUCCCGACCAGCAGCAGCCAAUCAGAUCCCUCCUAAAUACAUCAAGCGUGUGACAGAAAUUCAGGGAUUCAGUGACCCACAGAAGGAGGAGUACUUCAGGAGGAGGAUCAGUGAUGAAGACCAAGCCAUGAGGAUCAUCUCCCACAUUAAGACAGUGAGGAGCCUCCACAUCAUGUGCCACAUUCCAGUCUUCUGCUGGAUCUCAGCCACUGUUCUUCAGCAAAUCAUGAAACAGCAUCAUACAGAAAUCCCUAAAACUCUGACUGAAAUGUACUCACACUUCCUGCUCACUCAGACAAACAUGAAGAAUGAGAAGUAUGAGAAGAAAAAGAGGAGAAACCCAAAGGACCUGCUGGAGUCCAACAGAACCAUUCUUCUGAAACUGGCUGAACUGGCUUUCAAACAGCUGAUGAAGGGCAAUGUGAUGUUCUAUGAAGAGGACCUGAGAGAGAGCAGCAUUGAUGUCACUGAGGCCUCAGUGUAUUCUGGGAUUUUCACUGAGAUCUUUAGGGAGGAAUGUGUGCUUUACCAGAGGAAGGUCUACUGCUUUGUUCAUCUGAGCUUUCAGGAGUUCCUGGCUGCUGUUUAUGUGUUUCACUGCUAUGAGUGCAAAAACAUGGAGGAACUGCAGAUAUUUAUUCCACAAAACAGAGAGCAGUCUCAGUAUGAUCUACUGGGUUUUUUUCACCCACAGCACAGUGAGUGGUCUAAGAAUGUUCCAAAUGGACACCUGGAUCUUUUCCUCCGUUUCCUGCUGGGCAUCUCACUGGAGUCCAAUCAGAGAUGCCUACAGGGUCUACUGACCCCAACACAGAGCAGCUCAGAGAGAACCAGAGAGCACAUCAAGAGAUUAAUCAAAGGAGAUAAUUAUUUUCACAGCUCCACUGAGAGAUCCAUCAUCUCCACUGAGAGAUCCAUCAAUCUGUUCCUCUGUCUGUCUGAAAUGAAUGAUGAGUCUCUCUCCAGAGAGAUUCAGGAGUAUCUAAACUCAGAGAGACACUCAGAGGAGAAACUCUCUCCUGGACAGUGUUCAGCACUAACCUGCAUGUUUUGGACCUCAGAGGAGGUUCUGGAUGAGCUGGACCUGAAGAAAUACAACACAUCAGUGGAGGGUUAUAGAAGACUGAUCCCAGCUCUGACUGUCUGCAGAAAAGCUCGACUAGCUGGGUGUGGUCUCACCAAAAUGUCCUGUGAGAAUCUAUCAUCAGCUCUACAAUCCAUAAACUCAUCUCUAAAAGAGCUAGACCUGAGUAACAAUGACCUGCAGGAUUCAGGAAUGGAGCUGCUCUCUGCUGGACUAAAGAGUUCACACUGUAAACUGGAGACACUCAGACUAGACAGGUGUGGUCUCACCACAAGUUCAUGUGAGUAUCUAUCAACAGCUCUACAAUCUGUAAACUCUUCUCUGAAAGAGCUAGACCUGAGUAACAAUGACCUUCAGGAUUCAGGAGUGGAGCUGCUCUCUGCUGGGCUGAAGGACUCACACUGUAAACUGGAGACACUCAGACUACACAUCUGUAAUUUUGGUGCAAAAGCUUGUGAAAAUCUGGGAUCAGCUUUACAAUCACCAAACUCCUCCCUGAAAGAGCUGGACCUCAGCAACAAUGACUUGCAGGAUUCAGGAGUGGAGCUGCUCUCUGCUGGACUGAAAAGCUCAUUUCAUAAACUGGAGACACUCAGAUUGUCUGGCUGUAUGGUUACAGAUGAAGGCUGUUCUUCUCUGGCUUCAGCUCUGAAAUCAAACCCCUCCCACCUGAGAGAACUGGAUCUCACUUAUAAUCAUCCAGGAGAGUCUGGAUUGAAGCUGCUGUCUGAUCUACUGGAGGAUCCACACUGUAAACUGGAGAGAAUACAGGUGGAUCAUGGAGGGAGAAUCAGGAUGAAACCAGGACCGAAGAAAUAUGCUGUUACUCUCACUCUGGAUCCAAACACAGUGAACAGACGUCUCUGUCUGUCUGAGAGGAAGAGAAAGGUGAAGUGGGUGGGAGAAGAUCAUUUGUGUCCAAAUCAUCCAGACAGAUUUGAUCGCUGGUCUCAGGUUCUCAGUGUGGAGAGUCUGACUGGACGCUGUUACUGGGAGGUUCAGUGGAUAGAAGGAGAUGGAGCUGAAAUAUCAGCAUCAUACAGAGGAAUCAGGAGAAAAAGUGGCAGUAAAGACUGUGUGUUUGGAUACAAUAAUCACUCCUGGAGUCUGAAGUGCGAUAAUAACAGUUACUCUGUUUAUCACAAUAAACAGAGAACUGCCCUACCUGCCCCCCCCUCCCCCUCUAACAGAGUAGGAGUGUAUCUGGACUGGGGGUCCGGCACUCUGUCCUUCUACACCAUCUCCCCUAACACACACACACUGACCCACCUACACACACUCACCACCACAUUCACUGAACCGCUCUACGCUGGAUUUGGAGUUUAUUCUGACUCCUCAGUGAGUCUGUGUGAGAUAGAAUAA